AUGAAUCACGAUCCAUAUCAAUGGGGUAGACCCUCGAACGAAACUUACGGCGCUUACAAUUACAACAUUGCAAACGCCAACAAUGAAGAAUUCAAAGAUUACAACCACCAUGCACAUCAAUUCCCCAAAAUGAAUACUCAACAACCUAUAAUCACAGGUACAUCAGUUAUAGCCUCCAAAUUUGCCAAUGGUAUCAUUAUGGCUGCAGAUCAUGUAGGAUCUUAUGGCUCAUUGUUGCGUUUCAACAACAUAGAAAGGUUAAUAAAAGUGGGACUGGAAACAGUUGUUGGAGUAUCUGGUGAUAUUUCAGACUUUCAAUAUAUAAAAAGACUCUUGGAUGAGUUGGAAAUUGAAGAAGAAGUGUAUGAUAAUGAUGGUGGUAAUUACUUAAAAGCCCCAAAUGUGCAUGAAUAUUUAUCAAGAGUUAUGUACAAUAGAAGGUCUAAAAUGGAUCCAUUGUGGAAUAGUAUUGUUGUUGGUGGAUUUGAUGCCGAAAGAAAACCAUUUUUGAAAUAUGUUGACUUGUUGGGAGUCACCUAUCAUGCAUCGACAAUUGCCACUGGGUUUGGAUCGCAUUUGGCUAUCCCAUUAUUGAGGAAUUUGAUACCAGAAGAUAAGGAUUAUGUCAAGGUCAAUGAAGAUCAAGCUAAGAAAGUGAUUGAUGAUUCAAUGAGAGUUUUGUUCUAUAGAGAUGCAAGAUCGGGAGAAGUGUUUUCGUAUGUCGUGAUCAAAUUGGAUGAAGAGUCGGGAGAAGUUAUAUUUGAAUUUGUGAAUGAUGCCAAGGUAGAGAACCAAAGUUGGAGAUUUGCAAAGGACAUCAGAGGGUAUGCUAGUAAGCAACAAUAG